GAAGAAUUGCCGGUGAGAUAUGCACCGCUCUUCGAAGACGAUCCUACAGACUCGAGUGCACGCACCGGACAUUCUGAAGUUUUCCAUGACCGUUUCCUUAUGCCUCAUCGCAGUUUACCUGCUCAGUGUCACCCACAACUCACGGGGCGCUCGUACGCCAACCUGGGAGUCCUUGGACGCCCGUCCCUUGCCCGAUUGGUACGAUGACGCCAAAGUAGGCAUUUUCAUCCACUGGGGCGUCUACUCCGUUCCUAGCAUAUCACACAGAGUGGACGGUACUCUGAGCGAAUGGUUCUGGUGGGAUUGGAAAAGAAAUUCUCCUAACCCAGCACUCAUGUCGGCCCACUACAAACCAGGCUUUACGUACCAAGAGUUCGCACCCAUGUUUACUGCGGAGUUAUUUGACCCACUACAAUGGGUGGAGCUCUUCCAGGCUUCAGGAGCGAGGUACGUUGUCUUGACGAGCAAACACCAUGACGGGUACGCCCUCUGGCCGUCUCGAUUCUCUCCGAAUUGGAACUCUCUUGACGUGGGGCCUCAUCGGGACCUUGUGGGCGAGCUCGCGAACGCCACGAGGGAAAAAGCACCUGAUAUCCAUUUCGGGUUGUACUACUCGCUUCUUGAGUGGUUCAACCCUCUGUACUUGAGCGACAAGCAAGACGGAAGCCAGCGUUACGUCGAAAACAAGAUGAUUCCCGAGUUAAAAGAACUUGUAACGCGUUACCGUCCAGAGGUCGUAUGGGCUGAUGGAGACUGGACGGCCCCUGAUAGGUACUGGAACAGUACGGCGUUCUUAGCCUGGCUCUACAACGACAGUCCCGUUAAGGACACCGUGGUCACUAAUGAUCGUUGGGGCCGCAACACGAGGGAGGCUCACGGUGGCUUUUGGACCGUUAGAGAUCGGUACAACCCGAAAAGACUAAUGGAACACAAGUUUGAAAACUGUCUGACGCUGGAUAGGCGCUCUUGGGGUUACCGCAGAAACGCCCAUUUAAGCGACUAUUUGACUAUCGAGCAACUACUUACCUUAGUAGUCCAGACCGUGAGUUGUAACGGCAACGUCCUGAUCAACGUAGGACCGACGAAAGAUGGGACCAUCGGCCCGCUGUUUGAGGAACGCUUGCGGCAACUUGGAUCGUGGCUGAAACUGAACGGAGAAGCUGUGUACGGUUCGAUACCCUGGAAAGUUCAAAAUGAUCACUUGUCCGACAGCGUGUGGUACACCACGAGUAAAGAUCGUCAUUCCGUGUACGCUUUUGCGCUAAAAUGGCCUCGGAGAAACACGCUGGUUCUCGGAAGCGUCCGGCUGGCAGUGGGCGCGCGCGUUUCGAUGCUUGGUCAUAAAGGAGCGCUGACAUUUGGAAAGAGCGACGGCAAGACUGUUAUCUAUUUUCCAGCACUGAGUAUAAACGAAUUACCGUCAUUGUGGUGCUGGGUACUCAAAAUGGAAGGGGCUUUCUAGUGCUGCUUAAUAAAAGGCGUUUAAGGUUUUA